CGGUCCAUUCUUCCCACAUAUUAAGCCUUUCAGACAACCUCGUCUUCCACAAUUCACAUCACUUUCGUACUGAAAACAAAUCUCCAAAUAAUCUCUCUCUUUCAUUUUCUUGAUUCUUGGUUUUCUUCAAUUGUUGUCUAUUUUCCUAUCAGUUUUAUUUGCCUCUUUUUUCUAUAAGCAUAAAAAAUGGAAACAAAGGAAAAUGCUGCUGCUGCUACAGCUACAGUUCAGCAUGUAACAAAAGCAUCAUCAGAUCAGCUUUUAAGGAAGUUUGCUGAGAUGGGUUCUGAAUCAGAAGAUAAAGCUUUAGCUAAGAAGGAACUCAGGUUAGCUAAACGCAGGAAAAGAAUACAACCCAUUGCCAAUGGGAGCAGCACUACUACUACUACUGCUGCUGCUGCUGUUUUGGGUGAGAGGAAGUCCCUUCUACCUCCUGCUGGUUCUCAACGAUCCGUGGCGUUGAUUCGGCGUUUAGGUAUUGGAAAAGCUAAGAUUAGAGCUAAGGAUUUCAAGAACAGAUCCUUUUUGGGUACUAUUGAGAAGACAUGGCGCAGAACUGUUGAAGGAGCUUCCAAAGUCUUCAUUGAGAAACAUUACAACCGGCACAAGCGUCUAAUAAGUGAUACGUAUUAGGUAAUGUUGUCAUGCACUUCAUAUGGAAGUUCAUUCUUACUUGUUAGAACAAGGCAAAGAUUUUGCUUUGGCUUCUCUAACUAGCAUUGAUUCAUUAUAUUCUUUCAUCCAUGGUAAGACAUAGUAACUACAUUCUUUAUGUCAUUAACAUAUCUCUCUAACGGUUUUUUCUUACUGUGUCAAGCUGCUGCUUUUGAUAUGUAAUCUUGUGUUAUUUUAUUCUCUUACUUCCAUGUUGCUGUAAUUUGAUAAGAGAAAAAGAAAGAAAGAGAUGUUAUGACAUUGAAUAUAUCAAUUUUGGUGAAAUUUCAUCCUCGAGUAGAAUGUAUCUGACUUUCUUGAGUACAAGUUAUUUUAGCAUAUAACAAUUCUUGAGACUUUCUUGGUGAAGGUUCAUUCUUGAGUAUAUAACAAUUCUUGAGACUUUCUUGGUGAAGGUUCAUUCUUGAGUAUAUAACAAUUCUGAACUUAGAGGCCUUUAAUUCCCUUGCCCCAAGUUGUACAUGUUUGCAGAUGCUAAGAAGGAAAAGGAAAACACUGAAUAUGAUUGUGAGUUAUGGUAAUAAUAUAUGUGCGGGUGAGAUCUGUGUGGAGAAAUAAGUACAGAGAAGCUAACAGCAACAGCAACGAAUAAGUCGAGAAGAUUUAUGAUCCUCAUAUUUAGGGGAUAACAUUUGGAUUCACCUAAAGCAGCUAGAGGGCUUAUAUAACAAUCUGUGUUAGUGGAUCUAGCUAGUACAGAUAGUCCAGAAGCUGUCCGAGGACUGAAGAGUAUUAUCGCUUGAUUUUCACCACACAUAUAUAAUGCGCAUUGGACCUACAUCAUCAUGUUAACUGUAAUGCCAAGGUGGUUGAAACGGAAUCCUAUCACUUGAACCACAAUUGUUCGAAACAAGAAUCACAAUGCUGCCCGUCAGUUUUCAUGAUGGUUAAUUGAAUCCUUGUCUGUUGAGUAGCUCAACCAUGUGAAUACUGAAUAGGCGUCAAGAUGAUAGGAAGGAGUCUUCUAGCAGUGAAAACAUACUUUGAAAGCUUAUCGAGGACCAAAAUGGUGAAGGAUUCAACCUAUUCAUGUUGUUCUGAGUACUCGAACAUAGGAAGGACUGAAGCUACAAAAAUAUUUUGCUGUACAUCUUAUUGGUGACUUUCGUAUUGGUAAUCUUUUUGCUUUAGAUCAGUGAUUCAAUAUUCAAGGGAUACUUCUCAUAAUUCCAAGCGAUUGCAGCACCAAGAAAAAGAAACUCAUUCCGUCUCCUGAUAUCAGUUCAGACGAUGCAACAACUCGCCAUUUUAGUUCUAUUUGGAUUUUCUUCUUUGUAACUGACUGAUUCAUUCAAUAUAAUUGGAGCAUAGCUGUUCAUAUAGGGAGCAUGAUGCAAAUAUGCAAGCGCUAUCUUUGUCACAAUCAAGUUCAACUAAAAUAUCUCGUUUGUCAUUU